UCGUAUACUUAGCGUUUUAUCAUGGGGAGAUUUUGGUGUACUACUUAUAGGGCAGAAUGGAAUAAUACAGAGCCAAAACCAUGGCUGGUCUACGACCCAUGCGAUAUGGAGCUUUUCAACGUGAUUACCUUUGGAUUCGCACUUUAUGCAAAUAUGUUAAUAUUUAUAUACAUAAAAUGCAUUUCGACGAGUAAUCCGUCACCAAGACGACUGCUGUUCAGGGGCCACUCGGCUCGGUGCACCGUCAACACGAUCGCGUGUCUGGUCGAGUUCGCGCUGACCGUCGACUACGCGCUGAGCACGUGCGGUUCGCUGGUGCUGGCCACCGUCGGCCUGCUGGCCCAACUCAGCUCCGGGCUGGUGUGCUACAUGCUCGAGGUGGCCGGCCAGCCCGGCCCCAUGGGGUGCGGCGUUCUGGCGUGGCUGGUGUGUGGCCUGAGCCGGGCCCUGUUGUUCGUGUCGCUCGCCGACGCCGGUUUCGCGGUGGACACGCACGUCCGACCAGCGGCGCUGGCCCUGUCGGCGGCCUGCUGUUACGCCACCGCGGCACUCCACUUGUAUGCCAUGAUUGGACGGUCGAGGAUAAACAAAACAGAUUUAGAUCUACAGUUUUUUACAUACAAACAUGAUUUGUGCAGCUGGUACUCUAGAAUAACGUUUUAUUGGUUGACCGGAUUCCUACGAAACUGUUACAAACAUUUAAUUCAAUUGGAAGACUUAGGACAAUUGCCGAAUCGUGAAAAAUCUACAACACAAUAUGGGAGACUUUAUGAUAUUUAUCUUCAACAAAAGGAAAAAUAUGGCACGUCUACAAAAGUGUCCAUGUGGAAAUGUUAUUGUAAAGCGUACUGGAAAGAGUUUCUAGUGGGCGGAAUUCUAAAAAUGAUGGGUGACUUUGUAGGUUAUAUUGGUCCAUUAGGAGUAUCGGUAAUAGUUAAUUUUGUUGCAAAAGAACAAAAUGUUAAUAAUUUGACAAAUGACGAAGCGGACAAUUCAUGUUGUGUUACGUUUUGGGAAUUUUUGAACAAUGGUUACGUAAUGGCUUUUAUUAUGUUAAUAAGUUGUAUUGCCCAGGGAAGUUUUUCACAAGCUAGUACUCAUAUUUUAAACGUUGAAGGCAUACGUCUUAAAUCUGGACUUCAAGCUAUGCUUUAUUGUAAAAUGUUAAAGUUACAACAAACUCAAGUGGACUCAACCUCAGAAAAUGGACACAUCAUAAAUUUAUUGUCCGAAGAUACGACGAAUAUUAUGUCAAGCUUUUGGAUUGGACACUAUAUAUGGGCAAUUCCUUUAAAGAUAAUCAUUUUGAUAUAUCUAUUGUACCUGAAACUCGGAUGGAGUGCUAUUAUUGGAUCUGCUUGUUGUAUAGUGAUUAUGAUACCUUUACAAUUUUUCAUCGGUAAAAAGAUGUCUAGUAACUCAAAAGAAAUAUCAAACUUGUCAGAUAAACGUCUGCAAUUAACAAAUGAGGUAUUACAAGGUAUUCGACUUGUAAAAUUAUGUGGAUGGGAAAAUGAGUUUGUUGAUCGCAUUACGGACGCUCGUAAUAAUGAGUUGGAUCUUUUAGAUAAAGACUCAAUUUAUUGGGGGUCAAUGACUUUUUUAACGCACGCAUCAUCGGUUUUAGUAUCGUUGUUCUGUUUAGGUCUAUAUUGCUUACAAAACGGAACGCAAUUAGACUCUGGUGCGAUAUUUUCAAGUCUUGCGUUGUCGAAUCAGUUGACAGUUCCUUUAUUUAUUUUCCCUAUAACAGUACCGAUUAUUAUCGCAGCCAUUGUGAGCACAAAAAGAAUCGAAGAAUUUAUGUCACUUCCAGAAAUUACACCUGAUAUAAAGCAUUUAAAAAAUCGCUUAAAUAAAAACAAUAAACACAAACAAACGAUGAAUGUGUCGUGGAAUAAAUCUGAUAUGAAUAUUUCAAAUAAUUUAAUAGAAAAUAAUAUUUCCGAAGAAAAAGACAAUACUAAACAAGAUAUGGAAACAGAAGUUUGUGUUUCUAUAAAAGAUGCAACAUUUGCUUGGCCCAAUUCAAAAAUUCCGGUGCUGGCAGUUGACAAUUUAAAAAUUGAAGAAGGUAAAUUAACAAUAAUCACUGGAAAAGUUGGAAGCGGAAAGACAUCGAUGUUACUUGCUUUACUCGGAGAAAUGAAUUGUUUAUUUGGAGAAAUAGAUUUCAAACGAGGAACAACAGUAGCAUACGUAUCACAACGGACGUGGUUGUUAAAUGCAUCGGUUUUAGAAAAUAUUGUCUUUGGAGACAAAUAUAACAAGUCGAGAUUCAAAAGAGUAAUAGAUGCUUGUGCUUUGGGUCCAGAUAUUGAUAUAUUGCCGGAUAAAGAGAGGACAAUAAUUGGUGAUCGAGGAAUAGCGUUGAGUGGUGGUCAACAACAGCGAGUGGCGAUUGCUAGGGCUUUAUACUCAAAGGCCAAUAUUAUUUUGAUGGAUAAUCCUUUGUCUGCAUUAGAUAGCGAUGUUAGCCAGCAUGUGCUCUUCAACGGAAUAAAAAAAUCAACUUUAAAUCAAAUUAAAACAGUAAUCAUGACUACGAGCUUCGCUAGCGAUCUUUCAUUCGCUGAUACGAUAGUACUUGUGGAAGCUGGUAAAAUCGAGUUUUUUGGUAGUUUAGCUGAUCUUGAAACAAGAGGUGUUCAAAAUAUGAUGGUUAAAAUGGAGAACCAAGAUCAUGGUCGACGAACAGCUUCUGAACGCUGGAAGUUAUUCAAAUUAGUUAGUAGAAUAGGUCAUCAACUUUAUCGAAAUUGGCCAACAAUUGAAUGCCAAAAAAAGUUAAAAAAGAAUUUUGGAGCAUUAUAUGGCUCUAGAUACCUUACCCAUGAUCUUUUACUUCCAACUGAUGAGUGCGGGGAUGGAGAUUCUAUAAUUGAAAGAAAUCAUUGGCAAACUUCAAAUAAAAAAAGAGAAAGAUCAGCUACCAUUGCAGAUAUACAAUUGCCAAGGCGUAAACCAUUUGUUGACGAAGUAUUAGAGAAUCAACCAGCCACAAGUUUUCAUUCCAGUAUUAAAUAUCGAAACUAUCCACAAGAAAAGCAAAUACAAAAAAGCUUAAGACGUCAUGUCUUGUCAUCAAUAAGGGUACCUUAUUCUUCCAAUCGAUUAAACAAAAUUACACAGCAUAGCAUCAAACGAAAAUUAAGACAAGAUGAUGAUUUAACUGAGGAAGCAAUUAUGCUGGAUAAAAAUCCUUCGAAUGUGUCUGAUAUAAGUGAUGAUCAUACAUCAGACUUAAAAAGUGAACGAAGUCGAUUUGAAGAUGAAUUUGUCUAUAAAUCAGUUUCAUUUAGAACGUAUUUCAAGUAUAUAUCAUGGAGCGGUUGGACCACUUAUAUUUGUUAUAUAAUACUCACAAUUUCUUGGCAAACAUCAAGAGUUAUCAUUGAUUUUUGGCUAAGUUAUUGGUCUAACAUAGAUUUUCGUUCAGAAGCACAAGCAUAUUGGGACUUAGUUGUCUACAGUCUUUUAUGUAUGAUUUCUAUAGUUUUAUCAGCUUUAUCAAAUACAUUAGGCCAGUAUGGAGCAUUAAAAGCCAGGAAACUAGUUCAUCAUCGCAUGCUUAAUAACAUAAUUCUAUGUCCACUAUCGUUUUUUGAUUCGACGCCGAUUGGUAGGAUAGAUAACUGUUUUUCCAAUGACUUGGUUAUUAUUGACAAGAAAAUUGGUACAUCUAUGCAACGCUUGGUACAUUUUGUUUUCUUGUGUUUGUGUGGAAUCAUCGUGAAUGCUAUCAUAACACCUUGGUUUUUAAUAAUCGUUGUACCCAUAUGUCUUGUUUAUUAUACAGUUCAAAAAUUUUACCGAUGUUCCUCCAGAGAUUUACAAAAAUUGGAAGGUAACUUGAGGUCACCUAUGAUAACUCACUGUAACGAAACAAUAUCUGGACUAGAUACAAUAAGAGCUUUUGGAAAACAAACUUGGUUUAUGUCCGAGAUGAUAAAUAGAAUUGAUAAUCACACGAAAGUAUUUUUGAUAAUUAGCUCAUCAAAUCGUUGGUUGGGUAUAGCAUUAGAUUACUUAGGUGGAGCUAUAGUGUUUGUAGCAACUAUGGUGGCUUUAAUAACAACUACGUUUUUUUCUUCCGCUAUUUCAUCAGCAAUGGUUGGACUAGCUAUUAAUUAUACUUUGUUGGUUCCUGUGUACUUAAAUUGGGUAGUCAAGUUUUUUGCGGACCUGGAAACGUACAUGAGCGCCGUAGAAAGAACCGAGGAAUUCGCUACCAUCCCAAUCGAAAAUUACAGAAACGAAAGUAAACUUAAAUUUGGUACCUGCCUGGCUACCUCUGUAUCUACUAUAUAUUAUAUACCUACCCUUAUUUUUAAAUUAAUUUUUACAGAUAUAAUUACUAGAGCUUGGCCGACUAAAGGGUGCAUAGUCCUAGAUAAGGUAUCGGUAAAGUAUAAUGAAAGUCAAGAACCAGUUAUCAGUAACGUGAGCUUAAAUAUUCCACCUGGACAAAAAGUUGGAAUUUGUGGUCGAACCGGCAGUGGUAAAUCAUCUUUAGUGAUGAGCAUUUUGAAUAUGGUUCCAAUUAGAGAUGGAUCAAUAAUGAUUGAUGGAGUUAAUAUCAAUAAUGUGCCUUUGCAAAGCUUGAGAUCCCGGAUUUCUGUAAUACCUCAAGAUGUUAAAAUGUUUGGUGGUACAAUAAGGCAAAAUUUAGAUUUAAAAAACGAAUACUCAGAUAAUGAGAUUUGGAGUAGUUUAAGAAUGGCUCAAAUGGAAGAUACAGUCAAAUUACAACUAGGAGGACUUGAAGGAAUAGUAAAUAAUUCUGGUGACAAUUUGAGCAGUGGACAAAAACAGUUAUUAUGUCUGGCAAGAGCUAUUUUGCAAGAUAAUGUUUGUCUUAUCAUGGACGAACCAACCAGUUCCGUAGACGAUGUAACAGAAAACAAAUUAUUAGAAGCGAUAAAAAAAUCAUUCAAUGGCCGAACAGUCAUUACAAUUGCUCAUAGAUUAUCCACAAUAGUAGAUUAUGAUCGAGUACUUAUUCUGGAGGGAGGCAAGAUUGUCGAAGAUACCACACCAUCGUGUAUCAAAUCUUUUCCAGAAUGUCUUUGAAUUAAUAAAUAUUAUUUUGUAAAGAUGUACACUUGAUAACAAUGAUCAUGUUAAUGUUGCAAAAGUUCACUUGUAACCUUACCAAGUAAUACAAAACCAAACUUUCAAAAAAGUAUUUCUGGAUGUUAGACAUUAGAUAUUAUUGAUACAUAAUAUACGUAUUAUAAAAUAUCUAACAACAUCGAAAAAACAAGUAUUUUAUAUAUUACACUUUUAUGUAUAUACGUAUACUAUAUUUAUCAAUUUUAAACCAUGUUCAUUUAAUUUUUAGUCAAUUUAUAUAAUUCAAAAACGUUUUUGUAAAGCAUUAAAAAACUGUAAAAUUAAUAAAAAAUCAGUAAAUAGAUUAUACAACUAUAAGAUAUUUAAAUUUUAAAAUAAUUAUGUAUUGUAUGCUAUAUUAAUGCUUAAAAAUAUAGUAGUUUAUUAAUAAAUAAAUAAAUAUUUCAUAUUUAUGAAACAUUGAACAAAUAGAAUAUUAUUAUUUUUGAUCACAACAAUUUAUUUAUUAUUAAUUAAUAUAUCAAAUUAAAUAUUGUAUAACUUCAACAAUUAUUACUUAUUAGAAAUGAAUCAUUAAGCUUGAUCAAUUAUGAAAGAAUCAGUUUACUGAAAAUUAAAAAAUUAAAUUAAGCUAUUUUCGAUAUUGGAAAUAAA